CUCCCUCUGCCGCCGCUACCUAGCCAGUACUGAAGCGCGUACACCUCUGUGUCGCCAGCUGCGGCUUUACGGAAAACCUCCUUCGGGCACACUAUUGCACGUCAGGCUUCACUACACUAGCACUUGGCUCUCAUCUCGACUCUGUCAAACAGGUUCUCGUCGCUCGACAUGGCCUCCACCUCGUUCCGGGAGUCGAUGAACUCCUUAGGGUGGAGCAGAAGAGAAACAGACGUGCCCGUCAAUACGGCCGCACCCUCUGUGAUGGACAGAGUCUCCAAUCUGUUUGGCGCGGGUGGCUAUGUUAGGCUGCCAAUCUCAGAAACGAACCCAGGGGCCCCGCUCCCCGCGCCCACUCGAAGAGAAGAGGAAGAGGGUUGGUUUGCACUAAGUCGGUGGGACCGUUUACUGGUUUUCGGGGGUCUGCUACUGGCAGCCGCCGCGAUGUUUGCUACUUGCAUCGGGCUCAUGUUCACCCCCGUCUUCAUUGUCAGGCCUCGCAAGUUUGCCAUAUUGUGGACAAUGGGCAGCCUUCUGUUUCUGGCGGCCUGGAGUGUCAUGAUGGGCCCCAUUCAGUACGCCCAGCAUCUUAUCUCUGGUCCGCGCCUUCCGUUCACUGCCGCUUAUUUCGGGAGCAUUGCACUCACACUCUACUUCUCUCUCGGUCUCCACAGUACGAUCCUCACCUUUGUUGCGGUCAUUGCGCAGCUGGUCUCGUUGCUCUGGUUUACCGUUUCUUACUUCCCAAUGGGCUCAACUGGUCUUCGUUUUGGAGCGCGCUUUGCAGGGAGCCGUGUUGCAGCUUGGAUGAACGAUUAAGGCGACUACUGAGUGUGGCUGCGCAGUGCAUAUGGGGUGAAACCACGCGACACUGCUUUCACCACA